CACAAGUCCCACCCGAUGAACGCUUUAAAAUCCUCAUUGUUUUGUUCUUCUUCAACUCGUCUCCUCGUCAAACGAAAUCUCAACAUCCCAACGAUAUCUGCUUCUCUUCUGUUAGCAAAACAUUUAACUUCAGUUUCUGAGAAAACCCUUUUGAUUUCUCCUCCAAAUAAGCCACUCUCUUUCGUUUUUCCAGCAAACCAAUCAGCGGUUUUUAAGUCCGUGUCGUUCAGUUUGAGAUCGGAUCAUACGAUGGCAAGCCAAUCCAAAACAUCAGUUCAUGACUUCACCGUCAAGGAUGCUAAGGGAAAUGAUAUGGAUCUUAGCAUUUACAAGGGAAAAGUUCUCGUGAUUGUCAAUGUUGCAUCACAAUGUGGUUUGACCAAUUCCAACUACACAGAGCUGAGCCAGUUGUAUCAGAAGUACAAAGAUCAAGGCUUCGAGAUUCUUGCAUUUCCCUGUAAUCAGUUUGGAGCUCAGGAGCCAGGGAGCAAUGAACAGAUUGUAGAAUUUGCUUGCACGCGCUUUAAGGCUGAGUAUCCCAUAUUUGAUAAGGUUGAUGUGAAUGGUGACAAAGCUGCUCCUAUAUACAAGUUCCUGAAAUCAAGCAAAGGUGGACUUUUUGGAGACAGCAUUAAGUGGAACUUCUCCAAGUUCUUGGUCGAUAAAGAAGGGAAAGUUGUUGAACGUUAUGCCCCUACUACUUCCCCUCUUAGCAUUGAGAAGGAUAUAAAGAAGCUGUUGGAAGUUGCAUAAGGUGUAUCGACUUACUGCAAAAAAGGGAGAAGGAUUAUCGAUAAAUAAACACUUCCAUGGAAAUGUUUUCAUGAACUUUUGUUUUGUUUUCUUUUCUUAAAGACAUGUAUGAUGUAUUGAUGUUUGAUCUAGUAAUAAUGUGAUAAUAAAGUUCUGUAGUUUCAGUAA